GCCAACCAAUGCCCGCAGAAAGCCAAGAGAUUCCAGUUGGCGAGUUCGGCAAGUUGAAAAUAGUUCGAAUUCGAUAGCGAGCGGGCAUGAACGUACUCGGCAUCGACAUCGAGGCAAAACGUCGUACGUCCGCGAUGUGUUUUUAGUGAUUUUUCAAUCGUCAAACGGCACCAUGAUGGAAGGUCCCGCUCAGAAGAUGUAUUCCGAACUGCCUCAGGCGUUGCUGUCCACCAGCAGCCUGGUGCUGCAUAGGCAUUCGACCAGGUACCAUCCGUACCAUCGUUUGCACCAGCCGCAGUUUUUCCAACCCGUUCCUCUGCACCACGAUCGCGUCUACUUGCGGCAGCGGCCGUUGGAUCGGGUGGUGCAAAGCACUGCAGAAGAUCAGGACAUGCGGAACACCGCUCAGAACGACAUGACGUCGAACAUUUCCUGCCUCUACCCGGAAAUCCUGUCCAUCAUAUUCAGUUAUCUGGAAGUGAGAGAUAAAGGACGAGUGGCCCAAGUGUGUACGACGUGGCGCGAUGCGGCUUACCGUAAGUCGGUCUGGCGCGGCGUCGAAGCCAAGCUGCAUUUGAGAAGAUCGAGUGUCUCCUUAUUCUCCUCGCUGGUCAAGCGAGGCAUCAAGCGGGUGCAAAUCCUUUCGCUGCGCCGCACAUUGCGGGACGUGAUCCAAGGCAUUCCUAACUUGGAGUCGCUCAACUUGAGCGGCUGCUACAGCAUAGGAGACGUGGGCAUUGUCCAAGCGCUCACCGCUGAGGUGCCCAGUUUGACCGUCCUCGACCUGUCGCUAUGCAAGCAGCUGACCGAUAACGCCCUCACGCGGAUAUCGCAGUUCCUGCGGAACCUGGAGGUGCUGGAGCUGGGCGGGUGCAGCAACAUCACGAACGCCGGCCUGGUGCUGAUCGCGUGGGGCUUCAAGAAGCUGAAGUGGCUCAAUCUGCGCUCCUGCUGGCACAUCAACGACCAGGGCAUCAACGAUCUCGCAAUGGGCAACACCUCCCUGGAAUAUCUGGGGCUGCAGGACUGUCAGCGACUAUCGGACGAGGCCCUCAAGCACGUCACCGGCCUCACCUCCCUCCAGUCGCUCAACCUCAGUUUCUGCAUCAGCAUAACGGACAGUGGGCUCAAGUAUUUGGCCAAAAUGCCGAACCUCCGCGAGCUCAACCUGCGCUCUUGUGAUAAUAUUUCGGACAUCGGGAUGUCGUACUUGGCGGAGGGCGGCACCAGGAUCACCUCGCUGGACGUUUCGUUUUGUGACAAAAUCGGAGAUCAAGCACUGAUCCACGUCUCGCAGGGCCUGUAUAAUUUGAAAAGUUUGUCCCUCAGUGCGUGCCAGAUAUCCGAUGCCGGUCUGGAGAAGAUCGCCACCACCCUGCACGAACUAGAAACGUUGAACAUUGGGCAGUGUUCCCUCAUUACCGAUAAGGGAAUCACCGCCCUCGCUCAGUCGCUGACAAGCCUCAGGUAUAUAGAUCUAUAUGGUUGCACCAACAUCACCACGGUCGGACUGGAAAGUGUAGUCAAGCUGCCAAACCUAAAAAUCCUAAAUUUAGGCCUUUGGCACGUUAGGUGAAACUCAUUCCCGUUUAGAUAGAAUAUUUGCAAUGGAUUUAUAGGUAUGCGUUUUUCAAUUCGCUGGACUUGUUCGUCUCCUGCGGCCUUUUCCAUUUCAAGUGUGCUCAAGGUUUCAACUACCGGUCAAUACCAAAAAAAUUAUGUCCUUAGAUUAUUAGUUACAUUCCAUCGUGCUUCAUACUGGGGAGCUACUUUUCCAUGUCAAUUAAUCAUCAGUAUGGUGCCAGUUCAUCCAAGCAACCUGUUGGAGAAAUACAGUGGACACACUCUCAAUGUAUGAAUAACACAGUACAAAACGAUUCUGUAUCAGCAGCAAUUUGACGACGACUAACUAAAAAGGUUGCUCUCGCGAUAAGCAAAAGGUUAUGCUGCCUAAGCAAUAUGGCUUUGUGGUACACAUAUGGCUGAACUUAUUAAUAAUAUUAGCAUCAUUGAGAUUAUAGUCUUAUUCUAACAGUCCCUCUUAAUCUAAAUGCUAUUUAAUAUAAAUCAAUUUUAAUCAAACAUUAAACACAAUUUU